AUGAUUUCGGAAGGGGACAUUUGCUUCGUGAACUAUGGAGAGGUGCCGCCAUGCAUUCAUGCCAGACUUGUUGGAGCGCACAUUCAGAACGACCUGUUUGUGAUCAUCACGCCUGACUACGAUGUGUACGAGGAACAGUUGUCUAACUUAAACCCCGACUUCACCGCCUUCCACUAUGGAGGUCCAGGGCUCGGGGCGGCAGUUCCAGCUGGUUUGAAUCGAGCGCAUGUGUAUGCCUUCGGGGCCAUGUCAGCGAUUGACUACCAACGCUUGAUGAACCAGGCAAGGCUCUAUGCUGCAGGCAUCCGAGCCGGUUUGGGCUUGCCGCCAGUACCAAAUGUAGCCCCAGCUGUGCCUGCGCCAGCUCCAGGUGCACCCGCAGUACCUGCCCUUCCUGCUGAUCCACUGGUUUGGGUUGCCCUUGAAAGCAGAGGCAACGUUCGGGUCGGAUCAGUUGUGGUUCCGGCUGGACAGGGCUUACCCGCUGGAGCCGUGAACUUAGGUGAUCGUGCCAUCGUCGACGCCGGUGCAGGCCUGCUAGUUGCUCUCAAGCAGGUGCCGCAGUCCCAGGUGGGGACUAUGGAGACCAGGGACUUGAGGGUUCUUCCUUUGCGUUUUGAUGGGCAAGGGCAACGACGGGCCGACUUCAAUGAGGUUGUCAGCCAGAUGUCUCAGGACGACAUGCCAGGAGGCAAGUUGCAGUUGGACGGGCCCCCUUCCGCCCUGGAGGUGGUCCGUUCCAUGGUGCUUCGAGGGCUCACACCUGUCACUGAUCAUGAACACUGGGUUCGGACGCAUGAGUUGGCCAAGGGCGACAGGUCCGUGUACGAGAUGGAGGUGAUCACCAGGGUCUUGGAGGCAUUCAUCACUGUCGACCAGAUCAACAUCCCCAACCUCAAGGGUUGCGAGCUGCUGGUGCGUCGUUGGCAGUUGAUCCGGGAGGCUCACCGGCUAUCGCCCACCAACCCGGACUACAGUGCAGCUGAUGUCAUCAUGGGUUGGGCUUACCGGAAGGGCGAUGGGGUUGAGCCGACCUUGGCUCGCUACGUGGCAAGCGAGCUGCGGGACCAGGCGUCGAUCGCCAAGGAGGCGCGCAAGGGGGUCGCUGUUUCCUACCUCUCGGUGAUCCCCUUUGUUUUCCUCGAGGAGUCUGCUUGUGUGAGGAGGCACAGGGCGAGGCGAAAGGACAACCUUGACAAGACCAACGAGGUGAUCCAUGCCUUGAACGCUAUGGAGAGAGUGUUCCAGCGUGAGGCCAUUCGUGAGCUUCUGCUUGAUUGUCCGUCUUCUCCCUAUGUGUCGGAUGGAGGCGGGACCGGAAGUGUGAGAGCUUAUCAGAGAGACCUUGUGUCAUUGCCGGAGUCGGGGGCCGAACCUCUUGAGGCCACGGCUUUGAUAGAUGAUCAAGGGCGAGAAAUUUUGGAGAGAUUUGAGAGCACCAUGUUUGUCGGGGAGGACGUGAGCCAUGGUUCCCCCAUCAAGCCAUACAUGGACGACACCCUUAGAUCCUCACCGAAGGCCUAUGCCCAGUUCAUCUCCGACAUCUUCGAGCGGGGGAUGAUUGAUUUUGACAGGACCGCCACUAGCAUCAUCACACCAUUCUUUGUGAGCAAGAAGAGUGGCAAACUGAGGUUAGUGCUUGACUGCAGGGCUAGCAAUCAACAGUUCGAUCGCCCACCUGAUAUCGCGCUCGCAGCAGGGUAUACGUUUGCACAACUUGAACUACCUGAAGGGGAAUCCCUUUUUGUUGCACAAAGCGAUGUCCGCGACUAUUUUUAUUCCAUUGGCUUGCCGCAAGGACUUCGACGAUACUUCGCCUUGCCGCCGAUCCCAGCAUCUGCGCUGCCGGCAGGUGUGGGCGUCAUUGCGGAGAGUGAGGGAGAGUUGUGGUACCCUAGGAUGAAGGUCGUCCCGAUGGGAUGGAGUUGGGCCAUGUGGAUUGCACAGAGAAUACACCAGCAUCAAGCUUCAGUGGCAUUGGCAUGCAGCCCCGAUCAGGUCCUGGUCGACGGGAGGCCUCCGCCUUCUCUGGAGGCCGGGUCUCCUCUGCUCAUUCCCUAUGCCGAUAACCUCAAUGUCUGUGGCACAAACCAAGCUGCAGUCCAGAGUGCAAAGGACAAGGUGGUUGAGCAGUUGCGUAGCGUUGGAUUCCGGGUGCAUGAAGAAGAAGACGCGUCGUUGCGUGUCCAGGCGCUUGGCUUUGUCAUCGAUGGUGAAAAGGGUGAGGUGCAUCCUAUCGCAGCUAGGCGUGACAAGGUCCGGCUUGGGUUACUUUGGUUAUCCAAGCGCCCUAAAGUUACCGGCAGAGCCAUCGAGCGUAUCGUUGGGCACUGUGUUCACUUAUUCAUGUUGCGCCGGGACCUUCUCUCCAUCUUCCGCUCAGUGUAUGACUUCAAGAUCGCCAAUUAUCAUAAACCGUGUCGUUUAUGGCGCACUGCAGCGGAAGAGUGUAGGAUUGCAGCUGCUCUCAUCUUGACGUGCUAUGCUGAUCUACGUAAGCCUUGGUGUCCUACCAUUACGGCUAGCGAUGCUUCUCUCAGUGGCACUGCCGUAGCUGCUCUGACCGUCGAGUCAGGCCAGGUUCAAACGAUCGGCGUAUGCAGAGAAAUGUGGCGUUUCAAGUCAAAAGAUCCAUUGGCCAAGGCCAGGGAUGCGGCUCUGUGUUUGGACCCAUUUGUGCACCAUGAGACUGUCAUGUCACUUGACCCAGCAGAGAGAGAUCCAUUUCAACUCAACCUUGACUUCCAGCAUGUGCCUGUGCAGAUCGCGUGCCAUCCUGAGUGGAAAUUGCAAUUUGCUUGCCGCAUGCACAAGCCAGAACACAUCACGCUUCUUGAGGGGCGGGGGACUGUGCAAGCGGUUCGACACAAGAUGAGGGUUGAGGGCAACUAUGGCAUGAAACAUUUGCACCUUGGUGACAAUUUGGGCAUGGUUCUUGCUUUUGACAGGGGUAGGGCUAAAGCUGUGCCACUGUUAAUUUGUUGUCGGCGUGCAACGGCCUUUGCGAUUGCGGGCGACUGCGUCUUCACUCACAGAUGGAUCCCCUCUGAACACAACGCGGCUGAUGCCGGCUCGCGCCAGUGGGAACAGGAGAAGCCGGCCGGGAGCUCUUAUGGGGGUGUGCUCGCCGAGUUGAAGAAGUCGGUCCCGCCCAGGGUGCUUGCGGGAGCUCCCACCAAGCGCAGUCUGCGCAAAGCGCUCCAAGGGCCGGACGAAGCCACCCGGGCUUCCAAACGCCAGGCAGUGGUGGCAGCGGGCAAGCCGCGCAACCGGAACGAGGGGCACACCUUCCUAGAGACCGCGGCGGUGGCGCCGAGGACCAGCGAGGAGUACCUCCACAAGUGGAACCUGUUCGAGUCCUUUUGCAAAACCCAGAAGUUGAAGCUGCGAAAAGAGGACGAGGUGGACUACGCCUUGAACCUGUUUCUGAACCAAGCUUUCUUGGAAGGAUGGGACAUCAGCGAGGGUGUCAAAUGCAUGGCUGCAGUCACCGACCGCUGGCCCGCCUUGUCAGGUCGAGGACAGCUCCCGCGAACAAGAAGGUCCAUGCAAGGAUGGCGGAACCUCGACCCAGGUGUCCCACGGCCGCCUCUGGCGUGGCCACUGGUCGCCCUGAUCGCCCUGACUGUCCUUCAGGCGGACCAGUUUGUAGCGUGCGUGGCCAUCCUCUUCAUGUUCGCCACUUACGUGCGGCCGGGAGAGGUCUUCGAGAUCCGGCGCCAGGAUCUGGUGAAAAGCAGGUCGCUCGGGCAGGUUUGGUCUGUCAAUCUCCACCCGUCGGACGACCUCCAGGAGUCGAAGGUGGAGGUAAGCAACGAGACCAUCCUGCUGGACAACAAGGAAAUCCCGUGGCUCGGAGCAGCGCUCGAGUGCAUGACAGCCAUAUCAGGAGCAGCGUUGUUUCCCACGAACUACACGGAGCUGCUCGACACAUGGCAUCGUGCUCUCAAACAACUAGGACUGGGGUCCAAGUUUGCAGUGCCUCACCAGUUGAGACACUCUGGGGCGAGUUGGGACCGCUUCAAGAACUACCGCAGUUUGUUGGAGGUCAAACAUCGAGGGCGUUGGGCGGCCGACAGCAGCUUAAAGCGGUACGAACAACAUGCAAUGGUAGCUCAGCAGUUCGAGAAGUUGGCCCCGGCGCUCAAACGACGAGCGCAAGCUGCCCCAGCUACACUGCAAGCAAUGGCAUGGGACAUUGACUAUGGUGAAGCAUGCAACGUACUCACGCCUAAGGUUGCAGCUGUGCUGUUGCAUCGCAUCGCCAAGGGGGAGUUCUCAGCGGUUCAUCUUGGCAUGCCGUGCAUUACGUGGAGCCGCGCUCGUCGCGAUGAUGGUCGUGGCCCACGCGCGCUUCGAGAUGAUCAUGCCGGCCUAUUUGGUCUGCCGUCUUUGAUGCCAUGGGAGCGAAGGAAGGUUCAAGAGGGCAACCAACUCCUGGAGUUCAGUCUUCAGGUCAUAGCGUGUUGUCAAAAGCUCGGCCUGCCAUGGUCGCUUGAGAACCCGCUUACCAGUCGUGUUUGGCUGGUCCCAGCUAUGCAGCGGUUGCAGACGCAAGGGGCAACCUUUGUCAACACGUGCUACUGCAUGUAUGGCAUGCCGUGGCGCAAGGCCACUGCUUUUCUGUGUGGCAACUUCAAUCUCUCGCUCAGAACUUGCGGGGGCAGCUUCCGUUGCUGUGAGCGAUCUGGCAAAGCACAUGUGCAUUUAGUUGGACGAGACAACAGGGGGCGCUGGCUUACCAGACUGGCACAGCCUUACCCCCACGAGCUCUGCAGUCACUACGCACUUCAGCUGCUACUUCGCCUUAAGCAUACUCCGAGGCUCACUUCUCAGACCUUGUGCCAAGCCUUGGCAUCGAAAAAGGCUCACUUCUCAGACCUUGUGCCAAGCCUUGGCAUCGAAAAAGGUAUGCUGGCAUCGGGAAGGCAUGGCUGGGAGUUCGAGUGGAUGAGCGAGGGGACCCGGCACCUACCUUGA